AUGAAUUCCCUCUCUUAAUUCUAACUCUUGUUGACAAACAAAUCAUCAAAUACUAAAAUGUUUUUGACGCGUUAACAAAUUAUUGAUAAAGUAAAAAAGGAAAAAGAUCUUUAACAAAUUUAAAAUAACAGAAUUCAAAACAAAAAAAUUUCUAAACCAUAGUCUGUAAUGAAAAUGUCAGUAGCAAAAUCAUCUACAUAGAAAUUAUCUUAGCAAAAAAAAACAUUUAGUUGCUCUAAAUUUUAAAUUAAUGAAUUAGUUCCUGAUUACGAACUGAUUUGCAAAAAUACUUAAAAACCUUAAUCAAAUACAUAAUCUACACUCAAUACAGACUACUUUAACUUUGUGAAUACAAAAACAAAAACUAAUAAAGAUAUUAAUGAAAGAAAGGACGAUUUUUAAUAAAUUGAUUUUAAUUCCUCUCAAAUGGUAUUAGGAUUAGGAUAGUAUUAAUAAAUGAAAAAUGAAUUGUUAAAAUCUUUUUUAGAUAUAGAAUAAAUGUUAUUAAAAAAGACACGUUGA